AAUUAAUUGUCAGAUCGGUGUUACAUAACGAAGACAUUGUUUGUUUUGUGGAUUGGGAUCCCGUACCCUUACGAUUAUGCUGCGGAUUUUACUUUUCAGCGUGUUGUUGACACUGGUCACCUCGCAGAUAUACAAAAAACUGUACACACCAGUUAAAAACCCACGUCUUUAUUUGAUCGGAGGGAAAUAUUUGAGAAAUAUAAUUGCCAAUAGAAGAAAUACGCUGCAGAAGGUUUUACCACGAGUCACAGCUACAAGAGACUUCCGGUUUGAUAAAGUUGGAGAAUGUCCAAGAGACGUCGCUGGGAAAACCUGUGUUAAUCAGCUGUUCUUCAAGUUCUGUAGUACUGAUUACGAUUGUUCUGGACAUCAGAAGUGUUGCCUUUAUGGGUGUGGACAAGAGAGAAGAUGUCGAGAGGCAGUAAAUGUGCCGAGCGGUUGUUCAUACGAUGAUGAACGAUACGAAGAAUCUUCUAGCUUUCCCUCAACAGACGGAUGUAACACCUGUCGAUGUGAACGAGGCCAGGUCACGUGCACUAGACGGAAAUGCAUAUCCUGUUACUAUGACGGCGUGAUGUACACUCCAUGGACAGAUUUUAAAUCUGUAGACGGAUGUAACUGGUGUAAAUGUCUACCAAGUGGGCGGAUCCAAUGUACAAAGAAAAACUGUAACCAGCAGGCAUGUAAAUACCGUGGAGAGCGCCAUCGUGUGGGAGAAACAUUUCCUAAGGGCGAUAACUGCAAUACGUGUUGGUGCAGUCUUCAUGGAACGGUGUCAUGCACGGAUAAAUCGUGUGAAAAUCGUCGGUGUAGUCUUCCUCCGGAAGUUGGACUCUGUCGAGCUUCACUGCCGAGGUGGUGGUACAACCCAGAAGUGGAGAAAUGCGAGAUGUUUGAAUACUCUGGGUGUGAAGGGAACGACAACAAAUUUCUAACGUGGGAAGAUUGUGUGAGGGAGUGCGAGGCCAGAAUGAUGUGAACUUAUCUGAUAGGCGGAUCCAAACAGGAUGACAUUUGAGCAUGGGACUUUGCAGGAACGACAUACAGAGAAAGACCUAUUGCCGUGCGAGUGAAAAAACAUAUUUCUCUAUGUUCUCGAUAUGUAUAUAUGUUAUAGACAGGACCACAAUGUAAACUAGUUGAUAUAACUAAUUGUGCAAUCCUGUAUAAAUAAAGGAUAUCAUUAUUAUUAUUAGUAGUAGUAUGUUAUAAAAUGAAACAAGUAGCCUCUAAACAAAAA